AUGGCGCGCAGCUGCGGCCCUGGCCUGCUGCUCUUGCUCGUGGUGCCGCCAGAAGUGGUUGCAGAUGACAUGAACCCUUGCUGCUCCUACCCCUGCCAGCACCAGGGCGUGUGCGUGAGGGUUGGCCCGCGAGGGUACGAGUGCGACUGCACGCGGACCGGAUACUUCGGGACCAACUGCACCUCCCCCGAGCUCUGGACGCGCCUCCAUGACCUGCUGAAGCCCGGACCUGCCUUCUUCCACUUCAUCCUCACCCACUUCAGGUGGUUUUGGGACAUUAUCAACAGGACCUUCAUCAGGGACACGCUCAUGAGGCUCAUCCUCAUAGUUCGUGCCAAUCUCAUCCCCAGCCCCCCCACCUUCAACUCUGACUACGGCUACAUCAGCUGGGAGGCCUAUGCCAACGUCAGCUAUUACACCCGUGUCCUCCCGCCCGUGCCGGACGACUGCCCGACGCCCAUGGGGACCAAAGGGAAGCAGCAGCUCCCCGACCCCCAGCUCCUGGCUGAGAGGUUCCUGCUGCGGCAGAAGUUUCAAGCUGACCCCCGAGGCACCAACCUGAUGUUCGCCUUCUUCGCCCAGCAUUUCACCCACCAGUUCUUCAAGACGUCGGGGAAGAUGGGACGUGGCUUCACCAAGGCGCUGGGGCAUGGGGUGGACCUGGGGCACUUGUACGGGGACAACCUGCAGCGGCAGCACCAGCUGCGACUCUUCAGAGACGGGAAGCUGAAAUUCCAGGUGGUGGAUGGAGAAGUGUACCCCCCCACGGUCACUGACGCUCCGGUCCACAUGGUCUACCCGUCUGCCAUCCCCAAGGAGCAACAGCUGGCGAUGGGGCAGGAGGUGUUUGGGCUGCUGCCAGGGCUCUGCAUGUACACCACGCUCUGGCUGCGUGAGCACAACCGCGUCUGUGACAUACUGAAACGGGAGCAUCCCACCUGGAGCGACGAGCAGCUCUUCCAGACGGCUCGUCUCAUCCUCAUCGGGGAGACCAUUAAGAUCGUCAUUGAAGACUACGUCCAGCAUCUCAGCGGGUACUUCCUCAGCCUCAAGUUUGACCCCGAGCUGCUGUUUGGGACGCAGUUCCAGUACCGGAAUCGCAUCGCGGUGGAGUUCAACCAGCUCUAUCACUGGCACGGGCUGAUGCCUGACUCCUUCAUCAUCCAGGAGAAAGAGUACAGCUAUGAGCAGUUCCUCUACAACACCUCCAUGCUUAUGGACUACGGCGUGGAGGCACUGGUGGAGUCCUUUUCCAAGCAGGUUGCAGGAAGGAUCGGCGGGGGACAAACCAUCAAUGCCAACGUCUUGCAAGUGGCCGUUGGGCUGCCACGUUCCCGUUACCCACAGCAAGGCCAGUCCUUGCCGGGGAUGAUCCCCUUGCUAAAGCUCUCUGAUGUUCACUUGGCAGGAGAGGAAGAGAAGGCGGCAGAGCUGGAAGAGCUGUAUGGAGACAUUGAUGCUCUGGAGUUUUAUCUGGGCUUGCUGCUUGAGAAACCCCAACCCAAUGGUAUUUUUGGAGAAAGCAUGGUGGAGAUUGGAGCUCCAUUUUCCCUGAAAGGGCUUCUGGGAAACCCCAUCUGCUCCCCAGAGUACUGGAAACCCAGUACCUUCGGUGGAGCAACUGGCUUUGAGAUAGUUAAGACAGCAUCGCUCGAGAAACUCGUGUGCCUCAACGUGAAGAAGUGCCCAUACGUAGCGUUUCAUGUGCCGGAUGCUGCGGAAAAUGGCAGCCCUCGGCGUGGUGGACCAUCUACUGAGCUCUAG